GCUUUGGCUUCUGCUGAGAUGGCUGCUGGACUCUGGGUUGCCCUGUCUGCACUCAGGGUGCUGCUUCUCUUGCUGUGUGUUGAGCCCUGGGCUGAGGGUGGGAAGGUGCUGGUGGUGCCCAUGGAGGGCAGCCACUGGCUCAGCAUGAGAAAGGCUGUGCAGGAGCUCCAAGCCAGGGGGCACCAGACAGUUGUCCUCGCGCCUGAAGUGAAUGUGCACAUCAAAGGAGAAGACUUCUUCACCCUGAAAACCUACGCCAUUCCGUACACCCAGGAGGAAUUUGAAGACAUCUUCCUGCGCCAGAGUCACUUGAUUUUUGAAAGUGAACAUUUCCUGAAGACAUUUCUUAAAACAAUCAUCAUUUUGCAAAAUGUGUCUGCAUUCUAUCAAAGGUCUUGUGCAAGUCUUUUGUAUAACAAGGAUCUGAUCAGGUAUCUGAAUGAUAGUUCCUUUGAUGUGGUUUUAACUGACCCUGUUUAUCCCUGUGGGACAGUGCUGGCUGAGUAUCUGUCAGUUCCUGCUGUGUAUUUUUUGCGUUACAUUCCAUGUGAAUUGGAUUUUGAGGGCGCACAAUGCCCAAAUCCAUCUUCAUAUAUUCCUAGGUUGUUAACAAGGAAUUCAGACCACAUGACAUUUCUGCAAAGGGUCAGGAACAUGCUCUACCUUCUGGUCCCACAGUACAUUUGCAGUAUAUUUUUUGCUCCUUUUGCAAGCCUUGCUUCUGAGCUCUUUCAGAGAGAGGUGUCUGUGGUGGACAUUUUCAGCUAUGGAUCUGUGUGGCUGUUCAGAGGAGACUUUGUGAUGGACUACCCCAGGCCAGUCAUGCCCAACAUGGUGUUCAUUGGGGGCAUAAACUGUGCCCACAGAAAGCCACUCUCUCAGGUCUGUAUUGAUGCCCUUACUCAAUCAGUGUUCCAGAUGGAACACAUUUUUUAAAAAGUUACUUU